AUGCAAUGCUUGGUGUGCCUGAAGGUGACGGAAAAGCCGGAAGGGGUGCGUGCGCGCGAUGGUCUCAGCAACGGGCCGUUGCCAACGGUUCGGCGCUCCCGGCUCCUGUGCAAUACGUGUCGCAAGGACAACAAGGAAAUGCGGGACGCCUUGGCUGCCAUCGUGCAAAACUGUCCCAAGCCCUCAUACAUUGACAAAGACAUUGAGCAGGUGAUAUUCAGCGCUUAUUUGAACGAGAGGGAGAUUAACCAACACAUCGCUCGAAUUGCACGCGAGUACGGUGGCGCCCCAGCCGUGCAGUCACAAGCAGGCGUCUGCAAUCGCUUGCAGGUAUGCGGGGAGACUGUGGAGCUGACCCCUUACAUCAUUCCCCAAGACAAACAGCAAGCGUUCCAGCAACAUGUAAAGGCCGAAGUCGCGGAGCUCUUGACGCGACAUCACCGCUUCGUCAUGGCGCAGGACACCACGACUGGUGGCGGCCACAGCGAUGCCGCGUUUCGAAAGCGGGCCAUCGAGUAUCACGAGUACAGCAACUACCGCACCCUGUCGCCAGACAAGAUCCUGAUGCAGUGGCUCUUCUGA